AUGAUAAACAACAAGAAGCUAAUUAUUGCCAUGGCAAGAAGAUGGAAGAAGUUCGCAGUUGCUGCUGGCCACUGGAGAAUCUCAGAAGGUCGUAGUACUAAGGGUUCCCAAAGGUGUAAGAGUCAAGUGGUGGCUGAUAAGGGUCAUUUUAUAGUCUACACGGCUGAUAAGAAACGUUUCAUGAUCCCUUUGGCUUAUCUCACCACCAACAUCUUCAGGGAGCUCUUGAGAAUGUCUGAAGAAGAGUUUGGAUUACCAGGUGAUGGGCCCAUCACACUUCCUUGUGAUUCUGCUUUCAUGGAGUAUAUCAUCUCAUCUGUGAAAAGAUGCCCAUUACCUUCUCUAAUUCAAGCACAGACCAGCCAACAAAUUCUAAUUGAUGCCUUUUGA